AUGAAGUUUACAAGGGAAGCAUACACUUGGUUACGGAUACAGAUUGACAACCUUUCAAAUAUAUCGUUAACCUCUGAAGAACUUGAAUUUCUAAAAACACGCUGUUCUUAUCUAAAUGCUGCCCAUAUCCAGUAUCUGCACGACUUUCGCUUCAGACCCUCAGAACAGGUCAACAUCUCUUUCGUCCCAAUAAAUGACACCGGCGCCGACUCAGAUCGUGGCGAUAUCAGACUCUCCGUAAAAGGUCUUUGGGUCGAGACCAUCCUCUACGAAAUUCCGCUAUUAGCAUUAACUAGCGAGGCAUAUUUCAAGUGGUGCGAUCGAGAUUGGGAUUUUCACCAGCAAGAGGACAAAGCAUUCAGGAAAGGAUGCACGCUGUUGCAGCAAGGGUGCAUCUUUUCAGAAUUUGGGACGAGGAGGAGGCGCGAUUACCAUACCCAGGAUCUUGUUAUGCGGGGAUUAUGUCGCGCCGCGGAGGAGGCCCGCAAAGAAGGGUGGAAGGGGAAAUUAACGGGGACGAGUAAUGUUCAUUUUGCCAUGAAGUACGGGGUGGAGCCCGUUGGAACCGUGGCCCAUGAGUGGUAUAUGGGAAUAGCUGCUAUCACGAACGAUUAUGAAAAUGCCAAUGAACUUGCACUGAGAUAUUGGCUGGGUUGCUUUGGCGAAGGGGUUCUGGGGGUCGCGUUGACGGACACAUUCGGAACACCAGACUUCCUGGAUGCGUUUAAGAAGCCGAUUCCAGCCUCCACAGCUGCCACGAAGAGCCCGGCGAGUGCAUUGACGUCGUCUGCGCACAACCAGAGUAAUUUUGGUAGCCUCUCUGAGGCAGAACCAAUUGCUCCUUCGAUCGAAGGCAGUAGCCAGAUACCCAUUAAGACUUAUGCUGAUGUUUUCACUGGCGUGCGGCAAGACUCUGGUGACCCUGUGCAUUUUGUUAAGAUGGCAAGGGAAUUCUAUGAUAAACAAGGAAUUAGGGACAAGAAAACCAUUGUGUUCUCUGAUUCCUUGAAUAUUGAACUUUGCUUGGAUUACAAGGUCAUCGCCGAAGAAGCCGGGUUCUUCCCCGUUUUUGGCGUUGGGACAUUCUUAACUAACGAUUUUCUAAAUCUAUCUGACGGCAAGAAAUCAGUGCCUCUCAACAUUGUGAUAAAGGUCUCCAGUGCAGGUGGAAGACCAGCAGUGAAACUGAGCGAUAACCUUGGUAAAAAUACGGGUGAUACGUAUACCGUGGCCGAGGUCAAGAAGCGGCUUGGCUACGUAGAGCGUGAUUGGGAAGAUGGAGAUGAGACCCGACGUUGGGGAAAGAAAGGUGAUUAG